UAAUCGAUACGUGGAAAAUUGCCGGUUGUACAUUCAGGAUGUGACAAUCACUUUGGCCCCUUUUUUGCGCCAUGCAUAAUACACAACGAUAUAUCUUAUAUUUCGUCCAUCCAUAUCAUUUCUAUUUCACGCGAAAAUUUUCGCUUUAAGAAAGACACGUAUCCAUCCGCGAAAUGAUCGAGUGUCUCGAUAGAUCAAAGUGAUAUCACUUUGAGCCGAUCAGUCACACUUUUCUCUCUUUCUUUCGACUCUCAUCAACCAAGGGUUGUGUGAUUUAAGAGUUGAAAGGGGAAAAAAAAUAAUAAUAAAGAAUAAAAAUAGAAGAAGACGAAUCAUGCACAAGGAAGGGUACACCGAUGUGUCGCUCAAAGUGUCGCAGUUCCUGUUGAAAUCGGCUGGUAUAUGGGUGAUUGGAAACAACGCUGAGGAACGUCAGAGGAAGUUUGCUGCGUUCUACACAUUCGCUGCCCUGAUUUACGGUAUAUACGUGAAUGCAGUGGAUAUUUAUCACAAUUUGGAUAAUUUGGCUCAUUGCGUCUUUCUGACUUGUAACAUAAUGUGCAUAUUAUUGGGAUUAUUCAAGUGCUUCGUAAUAAGCUUUUUCAGAAUGGAAUUCUCGCGUAUAGUUUCAUACGCCCAGAAACAUUUCUGGCGUUUGGAUUACGAUUACGACGAGAAGAUACUUUUCGGAAAGUGUCAGAAAUUUUGCAGACUGUGGAUCAUAGUUGUGAGCAUGAUUACUCAAUCCUCGUUGGCUUUCUACAUAAUUACACCAAUUUAUGAAAAUAUAGGGAAGAAUAAAUCGGAUAGGAUACUUCCAUUCAAAAUGUGGGUCGAUCUUCCUUUAAGCGUGACACCGUAUUACGAAAUAAUGUUCGUCAUCCAGUUAUUGGCCGUAGAACAAAUUGGCAUCGCGUACGUGUGCAGCGACUUCUUCCUAUGCAUACUGAACCUGCACGCCCUCUACCAAUUUCGCAUGAUGCAGCAGGAAUUAUUAAAGAUCUGGUCGGACAUCGAUGAACAAACAACGAACGUCACAGCUUAUACGAAGCAGUGUCACGUAGCUUUGAAAAAGUGCAUUCGAAGACAUCAAUCGUUGAUCGAAUUUUGCAAUAAACUCGAGCAGGUUUUCACGUUUCCGAUCCUCAGCCACGUGGUGGUGUUUAGCUUGCUCAUGUGUUUCGAUACGUACGAGAUACUUUUGGCAGACAUACCUACGUUGAAGAGGCUCAUCUUCAUUUGUCACAUGAUCGGUAGUUUCAUCCAUAUAAUUUUCUUCACGUAUAUUUGCCACGGUCUGAUAGAAGAAAGUGGAAACGUCGGGUUGGCCGGGUAUUCAGGCUGGUGGACGACGUUGCCAAUGAACGAGACUGGAAGAAUGCUGCGAAAAGAUAUAAGGAUGAUAAUGAUGAAGUCUAUGCGGCCGUGUUACCUCUCCGCAGGUGGUUUCUUUCCGAUGUCUUUGGAAACGUCUACUGCGCUUGUAAGUUCCACAAUGUCAUACUUCACCUUAAUGAGGGAAUCGUCCAUGAAAACGGAUGAAAAAAUAAAAUAUGAUUCAAAUAUCACAUGGGGCAAACGUAAUAUUGAUUCAACGAUUUUUCUAAAUCCUUUUAAGAAUCCAUAUAAACUGACAAUCAUCCAAUACGCAACGUACCCUUCGAUCGAUCCGCAAACGAUGCGACGAUCCCAAGGCAAAGACGUCUCGAUAAUUUGGACCAGUUUCCUGAUGAAAAUCGUGGGAUUGUGGUUGGCCGCGGAUCGGAACGAGCAACGAUGCAGAGAUUUCGCACUGAUUUACACCGUUGGAACGCUAUUUAUCAGCAUAUGCAUCGCGUUCAGGGACAUAUAUUACUCGUGGGGAAAUUUUUCCAACAGCGUUUUUAUCUCUUGCAAUAUUUUAUACGUGGCCAUCGUGCUGUUGAAAAUCGGCGUCUUGUACGCGCACAAGAUAGAGUUCUUCGAUCUGAUCGCAUACACUCAGAAGAAUUUUUGGCGUUUUUACAACGAUCCACAAGAAGUAUUAAUCAUCACUGGGUGCAAGAAAAUAUGCAACUUUUCCAUCGUCCUUAUCGUCUUCUGUGCCCAAGGCACUUGCGCCGGCUACAUGGUCACUCCGCUUAUAGAAAAUAUAGGGAAAAAUGAAUCUGACAGAGCACUGCCAUUCAAUUUGUGGAUCGAUUUCCCCGUAGGAUUGUCGCCUUACUUUGAAGUACUUUUCAUUGUACAAAUACUUUGCGUGUAUCACGUGGCCACGUGUUACAUCUGUUUCGACAAUUUACUAUGCAUCGUGAAUCUUCACGUUGCCGGCCAAUUUCGCAUACUGCAACACAGAUUGAAGAAUUUGGAGGACGCGAUCAGGGAUGAAAAUCAGGAAUCAUCGAGAUUAUUAUCACGUUACGAGAACUGUUGCUAUGAAAAGUUGAAAGAUUGCGUGGGACAACACCAAACGCUCAUCGAGUAUUGCAGAAGAUUGGAAAAUAUAUUCACGGUGAUGGUGCUUGGCCAAGUAAUGUUUCUUGCCGUGGUGAUAUGCCUCGUCGGAUUUCAAUUGUUUCUUGCGGACACCCCAGCUUCGAAGAAAGCCAGUUUGGUGCUCAAUUUGGGCGGCACUUUCUUUCAACUUUUGAUCUUCACGUAUAGUUGCGACAAUUUGAUACGGCAAAGCGUGAACGUGGGCAAUGCGGUAUUCUCUGGGCCUUGGGUAAAUCUGCCAAUGAGUAAGGCUGGCAUUCUCGUACGAAAAAAUCUGAUAAUCGUCAUAAUGAGAUCGCAAAAAGUUUGUUGUUUGACGGCCGGCAAAUUUUUCCCCGUUUCUCUGGAAACUUUUACCGCGGUUCUCAGUACGGCAAUGUCGUAUUUUACCCUGCUAAAGCACUCGAGCUUAGAAAAUAUGUAAUGAAAUUUGCAUAAUUAAUAACAGAAGAAUUUGUACAAUUAUUGAUCUACCCCUAUUGCGUUUCUAUCUUUCUGGAUAGC